AUGGGUAGAAGAGAGGAACCCGGAUGGGCGAGUGGCACCAUAGGCCUGGCCGCGGCCAGAGAGCGUGGGGAUAUCGACAGAAAAUUUCAGGCUCGGCUCAUGGUGACGAGGCCCAUGAUUGACAGAUUGGGUCUUGAAAAGGAGCUUCACGGGCAUAUGGGAUGCGUUAACUGUCUCGAAUGGAGCCAUGACGGAUCGAUACUGGCAUCAGCGUCGGACGAUCUGCAUGUGAUAUUGUGGGAUCCUUUCCGUUACAAAGAACUUCUGAACAUAGCCACAGGACACACAGGGAACAUAUUCUCUGUAAAAUUUCUGUCUCCGGACGUGAUAGCUACGUGCGCGGCGGAUGGAACGGUCCGCGUGCGGAACGUCCGGGGCAGUUCGCCGCUCCUAGAGUGCACGUGCCACUGUGCCCGGGUCAAGAGACUCGCUGUCGCUCCGGACAACCCACACCUCAUAUGGUCUGCCGGGGAAGAUGGACUUAUACUCCAACAUGAUCUCCGAACCUCACACAAAUGCAGCCCCGACUCGGCCAACGUGCUGGUCAACUUGUUGAAUCACUUGGGACGCUAUGCUGAAGCCAAGUGCGUGGCUGUCAACCCUCGCCGCCCCUAUCAGCUGGCUGUUGGUGCCAAUGAUUUCUAUGUCAGGCUGUAUGACACCAGGAUGAUCAAACUGGCGAAGUUACAGUAUGGAGGUGAGCAGGUGAACUCGUCUACGUCGCGUCAGAUUUGGGAGAGACAGAACCUGCGCUGCUCCAGAGCGGGACACGGGGAUCCCGACAACAAUAUACCCAAGGGUGCCGUGCAUUACUUCGCACCAGGUCACUUGUCAAUGGAGCCUAAUGAACACACAUUUCCCAAAAAGGCGACCACUUACGUCGCGUUCAGUCACGACGGCAACGAGCUGCUGGUUAACUUGGGAUCAGAACAGGUGUAUCUCUUCGACAUAAACUCAGCUCGGAGACCUGUAUUAGUGGAAAGCUUCAUUAUUCAACAUAACCACGGCAAUAGGGAGGGAGAAAGUAAGCAACAGGGCAAGAAUGGCACUAACGGAACCAACGGGGCCGUGGAGACACAGCCACAGUUACCUGAUAGAGUCAGACAACUCAAGGAAAUGGCAAACGAUUUCGUGAACAAAAACAACUAUUCGAACGCAGUGGUGUUCUACAACGAGGCGAUCGCGUCGUGUCCCGACUGCGCCAUGCUCUACUCCAACAGGGCCGCCUCGCUCAUGAGACGAGGCUGGUCAGGAGACACGUACGCCGCAAUAAAAGACUGCUACAAAGCAAUAAAAUUGGACUCGACCCACGUCAAGUCUCACUUCCGCCUCGCCAAGGGCCUGAUGGACCUGAAGAAGGCGAGGGAAGCCCACGAGUGCCUGCUGUACUUCAAGGACAAGUUCCCGAGACACGCCAACAGUCACGCCGUGUUUCUGUUGCAAAAAGAUAUCAAUGUGGCCUUAGAGAGUAUGGAAACGCAACCUGAUGAAGCAGCUGGUGACACAGAGGAGAACCAGCCCACCAGUCUGUUGGAGCGCCAACUCCGGACCUCGGCUCUGGACUACUCGCAGCGGUUCCUCGGCCACUGCAAUACUACCACUGACAUUAAAGAAGCCAAUUUCCUUGGGCCUGAUUCCAAUUAUAUUGCGGCUGGUUCUGAUGACGGCAGUAUGUUCAUCUGGUGUCGGAAGUCUGGCAACAUCAUCAGGUGUUUGCGUGGAGACGAAUCCAUACUCAACUGUAUACAGCUGCACCCCUCCAUGUUCCUGUUGGCCACCAGUGGCAUCGAGACGGUCGUCAGACUCUGGAGCCCGCGACCUGAGGACGGUCAGGAGGAGUCGCGGGUGAUCCGCGACAGCGGGUCGGCGGCUAUGGCCAACCAGCAGCGCAUGCGCAGCGACCCGUUCGAGGCGAUGUUGCUCAACAUCAGCUUCGCGGGCGGCGCCGACCGCGACCUGCACUCGCCCGCCUGCAGGCCCACAUAG